AUUAGAGGUAUGGCAUAUGACUUCUGGGUGUGUUCACAUAUAUAGAGCCUUUGCAAAAUCAAGUUACUGUACACAGCUAGAUGAUGGAGAGUGAACAAGGAAGCUAUGAAGACAUUGCUUAUGCUGGGGAAAAGAGUAAACCAGUGGAAGGGGUUUUCCAUAGCCAUUUAGAGGAGAGGGUCCGUCCUUAUGUUGAUCUGAUUGACUAUUUGAGACUGAUUGGAAUUGAAGAAGAUUUGGCUUUGCCAACUAUAGCUGUAAUUGGAGAUCAGAGUUCUGGAAAAAGCUCUGUGUUAGAAGCGCUAUCUGGAGUGGCAUUGCCCAGAGGAAGUGGUAUUGUGACAAGAUGUCCACUGGAGUUAAAGCUGAGGAAGAUUAAAUGUGGUGUUCAAUGGCAAGCCGUAAUAUCUUACAAUGAUCAGUUCAUUGAGUUUGAUGACCCAUCACUGGUUGAGGGCUACGUUAAAGCAGCCCAGAAUGAGCUGGCUGGAGAAGGUGUUGGGAUUUGUGAUGAACUCAUCACUCUGGAGAUCAUGGCUCCUGAUGUGUGUGACCUCACACUGAUUGAUCUCCCUGGGAUUACCCGAGUUCCUGUAAAAGGUCAACCAGAGGACAUCGGACAUCAGAUCAAAAAUCUCAUACGGAAAUAUAUAGAGAAGGACCAAACUAUAAAUCUGGUCGUGGUCCCAUGUAAUGUUGACAUAGCAACAACAGAAGCUCUGAAAAUGGCACAGGAAGUGGAUCCUGAAGGAAAAAGGACAUUGGCUAUUCUCACAAAGCCAGACCUUGUAGACAGAGGAACAGAGAAAAACAUCUUGGAUAUAAUCCGAAAUCAGGUCAUUCCCUUAAGCAAAGGGUAUGUCAUCGUUAAGUGCCGUGGCCAACAGCAAAUUGAUGAUAAAAUCUCUCUGUCUGAGGCCACUCGAGUAGAGAAGGAAUUCUUCAGACGUCAUGAAUUCUUCAAUUGCCUGUUGUACGAGGAGAAAGCAACUAUUCAGUGUCUUGCCAGCAAACUGACUCAAGACCUGGUUGAUCACAUCAAAAAAUCGUUACCUCUGAUCUCAGAGGAGAUCAAGAAGCAGCUGUGGAGCUUGAGAAAAGAGCUAAGUCAGUGUGAAGCUGGUCCACCACUGGACCCACAGAAGAGGAAGAUCUUUUUUAUUGAUACCUUGACAAAAUUUAAUGAUAAGAUCAACCGCUUGGCAUCUGGGGAAGUGGUCAACAAUGACAACUUGUUUGUAAUGCUUCGGUCUGAAUUCAAAAAGUGGAAAGAUCAUCUUGACAACACAAAGGCAUCAUUCCACAAAACGGUCCAUGAAGUGGUGAGUGAAUAUGACCUGAAGCACAGAGGACGUGAACUGCCUGGUUUCAGUGACUACAAGGUGUUUGAGAUGGUGAUGCAGAAGCUUGUGAUCCAGCUAACAGGACCAGCUAUUGACACACUCAGGGUCAUCAGAGACACCAUUCAGAAAGAGUUUUCAGAUGUGUCCAAAACCUGCUUCAACAUCUACCCUUUCCUCCAGUGUGUUGCUAUGAACAAGAUCGACAACAUUCAGUCAAAGCAGGAAGCCAAGGUGGAGCAAAGGCUCAUGGAGCAGUUUGAGAUGGAGCAACUGGUCUAUACUCAAGAUGGCAUCUACUUCAAGACCUUGAAUGAGACUCACUCUGCUGAGGGACAAAAUGCUUCAGAAGACAACUUUGCUGGGUUUGACAACAGAAACAAAUAUCCUGUUAUGCUGCAGGCGUAUUACGAGAUCGUGGUGCAGCGCUUGGCUGACCAGGUGCCCAUGCUGAUCCGAUACUUCAUGCUGAAGGAAUCCGCUCAGCUGCUGUGCAGUGAGAUACUGGGUUUAAUGGACGGUGCCAAUGUGGCCGAUGCCCUGCGUGAAGAGUCGGAUGUCAGCAGAUGCCGCAUUGACAUGCAGAACCGCACGGACCGUCUUACCCUUGCUCAAGACAAACUCAGCAACUUUGUUUAAAGCAACGGGUUUCUUUGUAAAACUAUAUAGCAGGGUUUUACAUCCUUUCUAGUUUAACACCUGAAUCAACCUAUCAGCUAAUUACCUUUGACCACUGACAUCACUGAUCUACACAAACAGCUUUUGUAUUUCACAGAAGAGGCCUUUUGGACAUUAAGGACAUGUUGGUCUGUUGUUGUUUAUUUAGAUAUGCUAUAUUCUGAAGUUUUUCAGAUUGAAGAUAUAUCAAGAGUUCUUAGUUAAUUUUAGUUAAAACGUGUAAUUUUUGCUGAACGUUUAUUCUUUUAUACGUUUCAGACCCAGUAACAAAUCACAAAAUUAGUUCAUACCGAAAUGUCUGAAAAUCCUUUUCUUGUCCCUAAGAGUAAAAAAAUUAGUAGUGUCUUACGAGCUUUCAAGUGCACACAUGAUUGAGUUUUAUAAGAUUUGAUAUAUAUAUAUAUAUAUAUAUAUAUAUAUAUGUAUGUAUAUAAUUUGUGGUUUUUACCAUUAAAUUUACAAUAGACAUGCAUAUAUUUGUACAAAUAUUGUACUAAUAUUAUUCUUUUUUCUAAUUAUACUUGUGCUACACUUUUCUCAUUUUUUUUUUAAAGGAAACCAAGUAUCAUGGCUGUUCUGAUAAUUACCAGAAAGAACUUGACAAAAAUAGUAGUGUUAUACUAGUAUAGUGUUUUCUGCCUUUUUUCUGGCCUCUUACCUUUAAUGAUGAUUUAUUUGUAAGAAAAGAUUAAGCUUAGAAGACCUAGCAAAUUGCAAUGUA